AUGAGCUCUACACCGCCAGAACAAUCACCAGCGCCAGAAGCACGCGUCUCGCGCAAGCUCACCAAGGCCGUCGCCGGCUUUGAGACGGCCGAGGGCGCCGGGUCUCGCGUCAAGCGAUCGAUCGGCACGCCGGGGCUGUGGAACCUGUCCCCCUUCCUCAUCCUCGACUAUGCGCGCGUCCGCCCCGGCGAGGGGUUCCCAGACCACCCGCACCGCGGCAUGUCGACACUGACAUACUUGCUGGAAGGACAGAUGCAGCACGAGGACUUUACGGGACACGUCGGCGCGCUGCGUCCCGGCGACGUGCAGUUUAUGACUGCCGGCCGCGGGAUCGUGCACAGCGAGAUGCCGGCGUUCGACGAGGACCGGCCCGUAGACGCGGUGGUGCUGCAGCUGUGGAUCGACCUGCCGGCCGCCAAGAAGAUGGUCAAGCCGCACUACCAGGAGAAGAAGGCCAGCCAGCUGGGGCACGCGACGUUUGACGGCGGCAGCGUCGCCAUUGUGUCUGGCGAGUCGCAUGGCUCCGUCGGCCCCGUGCGUCCCGUGGCGGGUACGUGCUGGUUUAUGGAUUUCCGCCUGCUGCCCGGAGGCCAGGUGUGGCAGCCGCUGCCGGAGGGAUGGACGGCGUUUGUCUACGUCCUCACGGGCACGCUCGCGGUUGGCGAUGGGGAUAAAGUGAUCGAGCCGCACUACACUGCCGUGUUCUCGUCGGACAAGGGCGAGAACGGCGUCCUGCUGCGGAAACCCUCGGGCAAGCAGGAGACGCGCUUCGUCCUCGUCGCUGGCGAGCCACUGAACCAGCCCGUCAUCCAGCAGGGACCCUUCGUUACGACGUCCAAAGAGGCAGCGGUCCAGGCCCUGCGCGACUACGAUGGAUACCGGAAUGGGUUUGAGAAGGCGCGGGGGUGGUCGAGCACAAUCGGAAACCCAGGUCGCCGUCCGGCCAAGAAGCGUUAA